AUGACCAUGUUCAAGGAAACAGUGACAUUCAAGGAUGUGGCUGUGGCUUUCACUGAGGAGGAGCUAGGAUUGCUGGAUUCUGCCCAGAGGAAGCUGUACCAAGAUGUGAUGAUGGAAAAUUUCAGGAACCUGGUCUCAGUGGGGGAUCAACCCUUCAAAAGAGAUAUAUUGCAUAUAGAAAGAGGAGAGAAGCUUUGGAUGAUGAAGACAGCAACCCAAAGAGAGAGAAAUUCAGGAGAGAAGAAUCAAAGGGAGUCAGGAAUGGUUCAAGAUGGAGGAUCACAUGAAGAGCUUUCCUGUUGGCAAAUCUGGCAAGAAAGUGCAAGUGACUUAGCCAGGUGUCAAGACUCCAUAGUAAAUAGUUCUCGAUUCUGCAAACAAGAUGAUUUGCCCUGCCAGUUUGGGGCAAUACUACCUAUUCCAGUUUCUGAAGUUGAGAAUUAUAUACUGAUUCAUAAAGGAGAUGGCUCCAAUGAUACGCAAAAUCUAAUGUUUUCAACUUUGAGAAGCCAGGAUUCUUGGAAGAGAGCUUACCUGACUGAAUCACCAAAUGAUCAGAGUAAAUAUCAGCCUAUUCCCAUAAAAAACAAACUGUGUCAGUAUAAUCAGAGGGUUGACAGCAUGACUUGGAUUUCACAUCACCAUGAUCUUGGAGUAAAUAAAAGCGAAAUAACUUAUACCUACAAUGAUUAUGGAAAAUACAGAAUGAAUAUUUCAACAUUUGAUCAGAAAAGUAUAACUCACACAGGACAGAAAACCUAUCAUCAGUGUAACAAGUGUAAAGAAACAUUCAGUGAUAUCUCCAGCUUUGAUCUUCAUCAGUCCUUGCUCUUAGAGAAAUCUCGUACAUGUAGCAAGUGUGGAAAAAGCUUUUGUUACAGCUCAGGUCUUCAUAGACAUCAGAAAAUUCACAUAGGAGAGAGGUGUAAUAAGUGUAAUGAUGGUGAUAAAGACAUCAGUCGGAGCUCAUGUCUGCAAACUAAACAAAAAGUCCAUACUGUAGAGAAACCACACAGAUGUGAGAAAUGUGGGAAGGGCUUCAGUCGUAAAUCAGCACUUAAUGUUCAUGGCAAAGUCCACACAGGAGAGAAACCUUAUAAUUGUGAGGAGUGUGGGAGGACCUUCAAUCAGGCCUCUCAUCUUCAGGACCAUCAGAGAGUCCACACUGGAGAGAAACCAUUCAAAUGUGAUGCAUGUGGUAAGAGCUUCAGUCGGAAUUCACAUCUUCAGUCCCAUCACAGAGUACAUACAGGAGAGAAGCCGUACAGAUGUGAGGAGUGUGGGAAGGGCUUUAUUUGUAGCUCAAAUCUUUACAUCCAUCUGAGGGUCCACACAGGAGAAAAACCAUAUAAAUGUGAGGAAUGUGGUAAAGGCUUCAGUCGGCCUUCAAGUCUUCAGGCCCAUCAAGGAAUUCACACAGGAGAGAAAUCAUACAUAUGUAAUGUGUGUGGUAAAGGCUUCACUCUGAGUUCAAAUCUUCAAGCCCAUCAAAGAGUCCACACUGGAGAAAAACCAUAUAAAUGUGAGGAGUGUGGGAAGAGUUUUAGGAGGAACUCCCAUUACCAAGUUCAUCUGGUAGUUCACACAGGAGAAAAACCCUAUAAAUGUGAGGUAUGUAGGAAGGGCUUCAGUCAGAGUUCUUAUCUUCAGAUCCAUCAGAAAGCCCACAAUGUAGAGAAACCUUUUAAGUGUGAGAAGUGUGGGCAAGGUUUCAAUAACAGUUCAAGACUUCAAAUUCACCAGCUGGUCCAUACAGGUGAGAAACCGUACAAAUGUGAUGAGUGUGGCAAGGGCUUCAGUCGUAGAGCAGAUCUGAAAAUUCAUUGUAGGAUCCACACAGGAGAGAAACCUUACACUUGUGAAGAGUGUGGGAAGGUCUUCAGGCAGGCCUCAAAUCUUUUGGCCCACCAGAGAGUCCACAGUGGAGAAAAACCAUUCAGAUGUGAAGAGUGUGGGAAGAGCUUUGGUCGUAGUUCUCACCUUCAAGCCCAUCAAAGAGUCCACACUGGAGAAAAGCCAUACAAAUGUGAGGAGUGUGGGAAAGGCUUCAAAUGGAGCUUGAAUCUUGACAUGCAUCAGAGGGUCCACACAGGAGAGAAACCGUACAAAUGUGGGGAAUGUGGUAAGUACUUCAGUCAAGCCUCGAGUCUUCAACUUCAUCAGAGUGUCCACACUGGAGAGAAACCAUACAAAUGUGAUUUAUGUGGUAAAGGCUUCAGUCGGUCUUCACAACUACAGUCUCACCAGAGAGUUCACACAGGGGAGAAACCUUACAAGUGUGAGAUAUGUAGUAAGAGCUUCAGUUGGAGAUCAAAUCUUACAAUUCAUCACCGAAUUCAUGCUGCUGAUAAAUCAUAUAAAAGUGGUAAGGACAUUGGAGUGUCCACACAGGAUAGAGGCUCGAUAAAAUGA